AACUCGAAGCUAGCGCAGUAUGUGCGCUCCAAUAGGGGUACCGAUCUGGUUUACCACGAGGGAAAUACCUAUACGCCCAAUGAAAAGUUGAGGGAGGGCCAGAAGAGUCGCGACUGGAAGUGCUCCAUGUAUCACAAGGCCAAGUGCCGGGCGCGCCUGGUUACCCGAAUCACCAGGGGCGGGGAUAUUAUCCACGUAACCAGCAACCGGCACACGCAUCCCACAAUGUACACCACGCAGAAAAUGGACACACGCGUGGAGGACCGAAAACUUAGCCUCGAGAGGAAUCCACUCUGCAUUAACACACGGUCGAUUAAAAUGUAGAGCAAGUAAUCAGACAUAAUCUCUGAUUCGACCAAUUUGAUCAUAUCUUAGUUUGCCUUUCGAAACUGAAGCAUCUUCCAGUAGAUUCAAUAUACGAUAAGGACGGCAACUGUUUGGACUUUUUCCCCAACAUUCGAAUCGUUCGGACUCAACAAAAGAAGGUU